UGCAAACGAACUGGGCAUACCAAAGACAGGUGCUACAAGCUGCAUGGUUACCCAGCCAACACAAGAAACCCAAGAGGAAGAGGCUCAGGAUCUGCAGCAAAUGUGCAUACUUCUGAGGAUGAUAAAAGUCAGUGUGAAGAAACUCCUGAGCAGGGAAGGCAAAUGCCAUUGAACCUGUCUAAAAGCCAGUAUGAACAACUACUCAAUUUGCUUGGGACUCUGCAGGUUGGAAAUGGAACCGAUUGCUCAGGGAACAUGUCAAGUGGAGCUGCAAACCUAGCAGGGCCCUUCUCUGAAGAGCCCUCUGGCACUUGGUAA